AUGACCAUAGUUUCAGAUGACCCCACUUGGUGGCCGAUCAUCGAUGCCAAUCGUUUUUUAAGUUAUUUUUUAGUUGCCGCCUUCGUUGGAGUGACGUAUGAUUGGGCACUUACCUUCGGACAAGAGGUUGAAUUGGUCUGGAGACAGCGCUGGUCUCUAAUGACAGUUCUGUAUCUCGGCGUGCGCUACCUUGGAAUCUUACACGCUGCCCUGAACGUGCUGGCCAGUAUUCCGACCGUCUGGCUGACAGAUACAGUGAGCUGGGUUGUGUACGUCUCAUGGAAUUGGACGGGUGUUGUGGUGUUUGCAAUGCUGUGGGUCAUCAUCAUCACUCGGUUGUAUGCCAUGUAUCAGCGAUCCAGAAAGAUACUGAUAUCUCUCAUUGUCACCUUCCUGGCCGUCAACAUCUACGACGGAGUAGUAACCACAAUUAUAACGAAGAAUAUUUUAGGAGAGGAACUCAAUCUCUCCGGCACUUAUCAGUGCUCGUUUUCCUAUACACAAGAUAUGCCACUUCUGUCUUCCAUGACUUGGAUACUCGGCACCGUGUGGGAGGUCCUCACAUUAUGUCUCGCAGUCUGGAUUGCGGUCAAACACUUCCGUGAACUGCGACAACAUUCGGCAGGAGGAAUUAUCGGGGAUUGUUUCACGGUGUUAAUGAAAACUCACAUUGUUUACUUUGCUAGCUUUAUUGCCGUCUCUUGCGUCGAGCUUGUUCUUGAUUUUUCUCCAACACUCUCAACAGAAUAUACUUUGAACACUCUACUUUAUGCUGGGUUUCUUCAGAUUUUGGAGAUCGUGCAGUUUGUGCUAGGACCACGCCUGAUUCUUAGUGUUCGAGAAUAUCACGCCAAGCUCGUGACCGAUUCGGACGCAGCAACUGGUAUGGCCUCAAUUGCUUUCCAGGAACGCGUGCAUAUAUCGACUGGCAGUAGUGUGUAA